AUGGGUGCCAGCGGCUUCGCACUCACUUUAUGCCGAAUCUUGUUGUGCCUAUUCAGCGGCUUCAACUUUUUAUCCUAUAUCUUCAUUAUCGUGUGCAUCAUCCGACAUCCUUAUCUUCAAACUAUCACCAAUUACACCCUGUUCUCGACGGGUGUGGCUCAUAUUGUAUUUCAAUUCAUGUGCGUCAUCUCAAUCUUUGAACUGCAGGACAUCUGUUCCGUCAGCAAGCCUUUUACUCUUAUUGCAUUCCUCUACAUCGGUAUGGUAGCAGUCUUUGCUAAUACUGUUCUGGUCACUAUAGAAACCUAUCUCAAGGUAUGCCAUCCCUUCUUAUACGCCCGCGUCAUAACUGGCCGGAAGUGUUUCCUCUUGAUCGCCUUGAUCUGGGUAAUCAGCUUUUGCUUUGCAGCUAUAGCUGGAGAAGCUGGAAACAAUUUGGAACAUGAUAAGUAUAGAGAUUGUCCUUUUUUGGCUGUUCAAGAUCACGAUAAAACCAUCGGCAACAUUUUGAACAUAGUCCUCGUGCCUUCUUUGGUCAUCAUCAGUGUCUUAAAGUUUCUAGUGAUCCGUACUGCGAGGAAACAAGCCGUUAGGAUAGGAGCUUUGGGCGAAAGAGAACCUUCACAACCUCCACACCAACAACCGAACGGUGACAUAGUCGAACAGCUCCAACAGAAAUUCAAGAAUAUUCGCAAGAGCACCAUUAAUCUUACUAUCUUUGUCGGAACAUACAUCUGCGGCUGGGUACCCGUUCUUAUCAUUUCAAAUAUCAUUUUCUACACUGAUCACCCGGUGGGUCUCAAUGCAUCAGUCAUCAUUUUUAUGGCUGUGGCUAAUCUGACAUCGGUAGGACCAUUGGUCUAUACUUUAAGACAGACGGAGUUCUCGCGUCUGCAGAAGCGCUACGUUCAACAAAUAAAAGCCUACGUAUGUGAACGUUUUGGGGACAUACGCAAGGAGGUUCAUGUAAACGUUAUCCAGACCAAAACAACAACAGAGACCGAGUUUGGCGCCUCCGUGCCUCAGUAA